GGCAGCAGAGCCUCGUUUUUCACACUUGUUUCAGACUUCCUCUCCAAGUAGUUGAUGCAGCCAUUUUGAUUUGGAACCGCAGCACUGAAGAGAAAUUGUCUGGAAAAGGUGUAAACCCAGAGGAGAGUGAUGUGGGACCAGGGAGGACAGCCCUGGCCGCAAUGGCCUCUGAGCCAGCAGCAGUGGAUGCAGUCCUUCCAGCACCAGCAAGAUCCAGGUCAAGUAGACUGGGCUGCUCUGGCACAAGCAUGGAUAGCCCAGAAAGAGUCGACCGGAACCGAGCAGCAGAACAUCCAGCCUAAUGGCCAGGACAUCCCAGGCCUUGAUCCAGUUGGACAGGGUAACCACGGCGCCUUCCAGGGUGACCCAGCAUUCGGCAGAAUGUGGCAGCCAGAAUGGGGAAUGCAUGGCCAGCCCCCUCCUCCUCCACCCCCUCCUCCACCUCCACCACCCGACCAGGCCUGGAUUUCCCCAGGGUCCGGACCGAUGGACGUGGUGAACCCCAGCGAGGACAGCAACAGCCAGGACAGCGUGGAGUUCAACUCGGAAGCCCACCACGGGGUUUACCCCCAGAACAGCCAUGGGUAUGGGGCACAGCCCGACAGCUACGCGUUGGCCCCCAUGGCCAUGAACCAGUUUGAUUAUCAGCAUGGAGCUGCCUCAUCCUUUGGCCCCACACCCGCCAGCUUCCACGCCCCGUACUGGCAGGGUCCUCCUCAGAACAGACGAGAUGCCAGACCGCCCGGCUUUAGAGAGCGGCCCAGAUCCCCAAUCCAGCUCCCAGUCAAACAGGAGGCCCCAGCGCUGCUUGAUGCGGUAAAAAGGCGCACACUACCUGCAUGGAUCCGGGAGGGGCUCGAAAAGAUGGACAGAGAGAAGCAGAAGAAGCUGGAGCGCGAACGAAUGGAGAAGGAGCGUGCAAAAAUGGCAAAAGACGACGGCAAAGAGCAGGAAGCCGACGAGGGAGGCGAUGGGCCACGUAUGCCACGCAAGAGUAAAUUUGACAGUGAUGAUGAGGAAAAUGACGACAACGAAGAAAAGGCCUCCAUCAAGAAAGAAUUCUCUGGUCGGAGCCCGUCGCCUCCUGCAGAGGACAGUGAACCUGAAAUGACAGAGGAGGAAAAGGAGUUCCAGCUGAUGAUCAUCACAAAAACACUACUGACUGAGAUCCUUCUCGAGGUCACCAAUGAAGAGAUCAUGCAUGUGGCCAAAGAGACGCACCGGAGAGCCACCCGAGCUCCUGCAAAACAGCUGGCACAGUCAAGUGCACUGGCUUCUCUGACUGGUCUCAGUGGGCUUGGGGACUAUGGUUCAGAUGAGAGCGAGGACGAGGAUGAGCGCAGCGUGCGAGGGUCCGAGUCCUCCGACACCGAUGACGAGGAGUUGCGCCACCGCAUCCGAGAGAAGCAGGACGCCUUCCGCCGCAAAGAGCGGGAGACGCAGCAGCUGCAAGACAAACAAGCGCAGGAGGCUCUGCUCGCACGGGAAGAGAUGGUGAAGGAGAGAUUGGUCAGAGAAAAGGGGGAUUAUGAUGAGGGCCAGCCAGAGAAUCCACACAAACAGGAAGUAAAUGAGAAGGAGGCGGAGCCCUUGGUAGAGAGGCGUAGGUCCCGUAGUGAGAAGGAGGGUAGCGAGAGCAAGCACUCGGGCAGAGGGAAGGAGCGAUCCGGGCGAGGCAGCAGCAAUUCCCCGGCCAACGGGCACAGCAGCAGCUCCCGCUCCACCUCCAGCCACAGCAGCCGUCGUUCUUCUUCCUCCUCCUCGUCUUCUUCUUCCUCUGCAUCGUCCCGCAGUUCCUCGCGAUCCUCCUCGCCCCGGAGAAAGAGGAGGCGUAGCCGCUCGUCCUCCCACAAGGCCCGCAGGCGUAGCCGCAGCCGCAGCUCCCACAGGCAUCGCAGUGAGAAGGGCAGGGACAGGAGGCGGAGCAGCGCUGACAGGUCAGGCCGCCACAGGAAAGAUCGCAGUGAUUCCAGGGAGCGCAGGAGCCGCAGGACUAGAUCCCGAUCCAGAGAGCGAGACCGGGCCAGAGCCAGGGUCAGAGACAGAGACAGCCGCAGUCGCAGCAGAGAGAGGGAAAAGGAGAAAGAAAGGGAUAAGGAGAGGAGAAGGAGCCGUGAUGGCAGAGACGGCAGUAAUAGUCGUAGCAGCAAAAACAAGCUGAAGGCUUCCAGCAAAGACAGAGAGAGAAGGAGGGAAAGGAGUCAUAGCCAUGAGAAAGACAAGAAAAAGAAGGAUAAGGAUAGGGAGAGAGAGUCCGAUAAAAAGAAGGACAAGCCAAAGGCCAAAGAGAAGGAGAAAGAAAAAGGAAGCUCUGUAGUUACAGAGGAGAAUGGCAAAUCGAAGAGAAGGAGAGAGAGUGACUCAUGCACGGACUCCCAGAGUGACAAGCACUCCCGGCAGGAGAGCAAAGCCAGCAAGAAGGGCUCCGCCAAAGCUAGCAAGAAGCGCUCCGAUUCGGACUCGAGUAGAUCCCCUAGCCCCGAAGUUAGCAAGGAAAAGAAAUCUAAAAAAUCCAAACGUAGUCGCUCAAGAUCGACGGAAAAAUCUCACAAGUCUGGUAAGAAGGCAAGCCGCAAACACAAGUCUAAGUCGCGAUCAAGGUCAACGUCCCCCUCCCGUCGUAGCAGACGCUGAGGAGCACAGUUCACCUCCUGAUCUGUGCACUCUACCACUUUUUAAAUUCCAUGAGUUGAGCAGGCUUGUCUCAUUAUAGAGGCAAUUGUGUAGGUGACCCCCUCCCCCUCUCAUACAUCUUUCAUUGUUGUAAAUAUGUUAUUUUUAAAAGUGUGACUGAAGAACAAGACUUUUUGAAUGGUAGGAGUUUUCACUUGUAUCAUUAUGCAAAGCUUAAUAAGACUCUAUGGACACUAAAAGCUCAAGUUGUAUCAUUUUAAACCGUAACAGGAUUAACCUUUUCCCCGAACAUUAUUGUAAAUGUCCAAUAAAACUGUUUGUUCCUUG